AUGCCGGCGUUGUCUGAGAGGGACUUGUCGGGGGUGGAGAAGUUCUCCAACGCCAUGAAGGCGGCAUUGGGGCGUCAAAGUCGUCAAGUCAAUCUAAAAGAUACCGACUCGCAGCGCAUAUUAUCAUCAAAUCCUUCGGCGUCGGAUAUUACUGAAAUGAUACUGUCAGAAAGACGUCUUUGGGCGGAGGCAGCCGUGGCGUUUUGGCGUCUUGCCAGUCGACAACAAAUACACCUGUUGUCGCACGUCUCCACUGGUGCGCUGCGUGAGUUGCACCGUUUCUGUGAAGGACUACUGGAUCACAUCCGGAUUACAUUUUUGAGCCUUGCGCCCACUGCAACACCCCUACAAGUUUUAGACUGCGUCUCUUCUCUCGGCACCGAUCAUAUUUUAUUUCUUUUGGAUACGUUUUGCUCGCCAAAAGGCUGCAUUAGUAUGGAAGGCGGCGAGGAGACACGGGGGAGGGAACUUCACACGCAUGUGUGCAGGGUGCUUGCGGAGCAAGAUCACCUUUACUGGAUGACACGAGUGGUUCGUGCCUUCUGUGACGAAUCGUGGCGGGUGUGCUCGGAAAAGGAUGAAAUGUCAAGGGCGUCUGUCUCUGCCAUCCAUGGUAUGCUGCGUUGUUUGCAUCAUUGCUGUGCCACAAGUGCAGCGUGUGCGCAUGCGCUCAUUUAUACGGAACCCAGACCGUUAGUGGCCCAAUUGUUGUACGGUCUUCGUUUACGCAUCUCAAGCAGUACUCUUAUUCGCCCCGUUGUCCGCGAUGACCCCACGCGACUGGGCGUUGCUCUUUCCUCAACACCGUCCUUGCCCACCCCGACUAUGCGUUUGCCAGCCACAAAGUCCGCUCUUGCUGAAUACUUAACAUCUGGACGAACGAAUGCGUUUGAUGAGAUAAGUAGAGAAGCCCUCAAUGUUGCGGUGGCCGCUGUGAAGAGGGUGGCGGCACAUGAGACACCGGAAGUUGUGAUUGGUCUAUGCCAUAUCGUAGAUGUCAGUUCUCGUAGCAUCGUACCAUCACCCAAGGAUGAAAAGAAACCAUCCAUUUCUACGCAGAUUGCCAUGUAUGAGAAUGUGCUCAUGGCAUUGGAGGCAUUAUUUCAAUUACUACAAGUAAAAGACGAUGAACCAUGGAGUCAGGAACUUGUACUUCGGCAAGAGAUUGUUCUGCAGCAAAUUCUUAAUCACGAUCUGGCAAGGGCUGUAGAGCGCCUGCUGCGGCAUUGCCCAACCAUUCUCGACGCUGAUUCAACGCUCUUUCAGAGUAUAGGGACUUUAUGCACUCCUCCCUUUACAUCCAGCCGGAGGAGACGCAGGCAAUCCACGGUGUCACGUGUGGAAAAUUCCACACAGUGCGUUCCGGGAAACGGCGAUUCGUUGAGUGGAAGCAUGUGCAGUCGAAAUGCAUCCAUGGUUUCUCUCACUAGUAGCAUACAUGUGUCACGACCAGCGCUGCCGGAGGGAAGUGUGGCACGUGCCUCGAAUCUUGCCCGAUCGUUAUGGAUGAGCGUGUGGCCGGGGGCUUCCCGUGGCAGUGGUGUUGCCGGCUUGACUCAUGCACACGCCGCAUCACGUCCUGCACCAUCGGACGAUGAGCCUAUUGGUUCUUUUUUUCAAAGGGGUACUAGCGAUAUGAUUUUCGAUCACGCGCCAUCGCCGACGUGUUUGUCUUUGGAUUUUGAUGGAGAGGAAUGGUGGUACAGCAACAAGACAUACGUGAAUCUUCUACUUAGUCUGACUCAAUUGUUGAACGCGAUGUUUUCAGAUGCCACAACACCUCUCUCAAUUCGCCUAUCCAUUUGCAAAUUACUCACUCAAAUCAGUAUGCGAAGUUCUAGCGCUUUCGCGGCAUCUGAGGGACGUCUUGUGAUGCGUUCAUUUCUAACGACGCUGCGGGCACACGAUCAAGGUUUGUGUACGCCAUCUGUAGAAAUCCACGACGUACCACAUGUGGAGGAGGAGAAGAAUAAGAAGGAAAUUCCACAUGAAAUACAUCUGCAAACGCAUGAACAAUCGAGUGAAAAAUAUCCGUGUACGUCCAUCGAGGAUGAUAUGAUGUAUGCUGCACUGGCUCAAAAAAUUGUUGCGGGUCUCUGGCACGUGUAUCACGUUUUGCACAUGAUCCCAUUGUCAGGCGAGACGGUCGAUAUUAUUGAACUCCCGCUACUUUCUUUACGCUGGAGGGGGGAAGUGAAGGAAGCAGAAGAAGAAAAGGUGGAGGAGGGAGCCACAAAAUCAUUUGGUGGGAUUCACAAAGCGGUUCUUUCCCUUUUUGGCCCUGUUGUAAGGGUGUGGUACACGGCUCUGAUGAGUAACGACGAUGAGGAUCUCAACAAGCGCUCACAGGAGGUCUUCAUGGAAGUGCUGGUGAGGUUGCUUAAAUUGGGUGGGGUGCCGUUGACAACAAUGGACUUUCUGCGUGCCUCCACGGUGUCCAUUCCUUCUACGCCGCCCACCAUAAACUUCAAUUGGGUGGCAUCGCACUCCGAAAACAGCAGCUUUGCGUCCAUGGAGAAGGACGCUUCGCGGGCGGAGCCCAGUGACACCAUUAAAUCGAUGCGUAGUGUAUUUGUGAUUCUCCUGCAGCGAGAUCCGGGUUUUCUUUCUUUUGAACUAUUGAAGGUGUUGUUUGCCCUUCUUUGGGCCAAUGAUGCCCAGCUAUCGGAAUUAGGGCGAAAGUGCAUCGCCAGCAGUCUGGAUUUUGGUGAAGUUUAUCCCACAUACGCGAAGGUCAUUGGCAAUGCAGAUUCAUCCCUAUUGAUUCAGUUGCUACUGAUAUUUUCUGCAGGGCUUGUCUCUUCAGAGGUAUCGAUGGAUGCCAAGCAUGAACGUAGAGCGUGGUUAUUUCAACACGGUUGUGUCAACGCUGUUAUUGCUGUGUUAGAACGUGUUUUACGUGCCCCGCAUGACGUACAGAGUUUUCCUAGUCUUAUUCGACAGUUGUUUUGUUUUCUUUCUCUGUCGGAGUCGGCGCAGGGACGAGGACCGAAGCUUGAAGACACACGACUGGUACACGUGUUCACCGAAAGCCUUCAUUUUUUGGAGGGGGCGGAGUACCUUAUUCUUAUCACCCAGUCCGUUCUUGACGCAGCCACCUCAAAGUACGAUCAAUACCGAAGCCGCACACGUCGAAUAAAUACACAUGGGCACUUUACAUUGCCCAUUCCAAAUUGCUCGGUGGAGAAGCCGAUAUUUAUUGAUCUUGUCCCACCCUUACUUUGCUAUGCACACGAACAUGCCAUGAAUGUGGAGAACGACCUUCUCUCCGCCUUGCAUCUUGUUCUAAAGAUGACAACAAAUGUACGCUCCGACGCUCUUUUGAAAUGGGUAUUGCAGAGGAAACAUACGGCUUUACUGCCGUACUUGGACCUUGACGCAGCCGUGGCAGACCGUGUUUUGCCGUAUUUUGGUAACCGAAGUGAUAUUGAAUCUUUUUGGACACCUAUUCUGCAGGAGGCACCAGAGCGCACGGAGCUACGUUUUAGUUGCACAGGUGGUAUCGCUGUGACGCUGGGAAGAUGGCCGGAGAAGGGCUUUUCGGUUUCUGCAUACUUUCGUUUUGAAGAAAUAUAUAGCGAUAUACAAUUAUUUGAGUUUAUUGAUGGUGAAGUUUUGUCGCCAUCUCUUGCGUCUAUCCGCAUUGCAGGUGGAGAUAGUGUGAAUAUUAUGCAUGAUGGGAAGAGGGUGCCGGUUAAUGAAGGUCAUGCACUACCGGAUCUUGAACCUCAGCGAUGGGCUCAUUUUAUUGUUGUCAUGAGCAUGGCACAUACCGUCUCUGUUUAUCUUAAUGCUGAUAAAGUUGGGACGUGCUCAUUACCCUACUUUCGUUCUCACUCGGAGGUGGUUAUGAACAUUGGUUUUGUAAAUACCACUGUGCACGAUUCCCUCUUCUCAAUUGGUGAGGUUGUGCUGUGGGAUGAGGAGCUUACGACACCUCAGGUGGAGGCGUAUGUUGCCACGACGGGCUAUAAACCGAAUGUAUGUAAAAUUCUUGAGUGCGAGAUACCACGUGAGCUGUCGGAGACGCAUGAGAAGUUGCCUAUUGAAGACCGUAUUGCCGUGUUUUCACCCUAUGAAACUCGUGAUUCCAUGUUGGUUGACGUUCUACAGAAGGAGUCCAGGGGUUACCCGAUUCUGGCCAAGCUGACUGGAACCUACGCCGAGGCGCCAAAGAAUUGGAUUGACUACCGUACGCUCUUUUUGAACCGAGGUGGACUUGUUUACAUGCUUGAGUGGAUUGCAGCGUCCACCAGUGCGGAGGAGUUGGAAAGAUACAUGGCACUUACAUGUAACUGCAUCCGGGGCACCACCAGUGGAGGUACUAUGGAUGUACAGACAUACGCAUUACUUGACUUUCAUCUUCGUUGUCUUGCCCAUCUCAUCACCCCGGCUGUUUGCGACAGUCUUCUGCAUCUUGCCACAGCGAAGAUGAGUGUCAAUGAUGAAUUCCACCCAUUUAUUAUAAAUCGACUUGUCUUUGAUCACAUUUUCCGGGAUAUUGAACUUUUUGCUGAUAUGCCACUGGACGCUGCGCUCUAUUUGAUAGAAGGUGUGGAGAGACUGUUUACAGUUGCCUCGUGCCGUUUUGCGAGGCGAAACGCCUAUUAUAUUAUACCCUUUCGAUUUGUCGACAGUGUUCUUAACGGGUUGGUCUACGCAAAUGUCUCACUUCCCUUUGUCUUACGUGGCCGCGUGAUUUCAUGUUUAAAGCACAUCAUGAUUGCAACGGAUUUUGAACCAAAUAUUGUUCAUGUCAUCGCGUCCACGGCGGCGGUGCUCACGCCGGUGGAGAUGGAGGCGACAAGUCGCCAUCAACCCGCCUUGCGAGUCAAAAUUCCCAAAGCUCGAUUCUCGCAGAUAAGUGUAACGCUCCACGGUGCAUUUGAAACUACUUGUUUGAUUCUCCGCAGUCUUGUGGAGUGCUGCUGCAAUGGGAAGUUUGCCGCAGCAUUUGGAAUAAUUGUGGAUCUAAAUUGGUAUGCUGCUUGUGUCUCGCGCUUUGCAGAUGUGGCAUGCGUUGUAUACGCGACACGACUCUUCUUUGAGGCGAUGCGGUUCAAUAUGGACCUGCGCAAUGAAGUGAUGCAUCAUCCCGCAGUCAUUGUGCAUACCCUCUCCCCACAUUGCCUGAAUGAAGACUUACUUUUGCUCCUGCUGAGCCUCAGCGUGGGUGCUGUGAAGCGCAUUGACGUCCUUUCAUCAAAACAUCCGAUGCUGCAACAGUUGGUUGGAAUCUUGGACUCCAUGACGCCGGAGUUAGACGCCGUGGUGUUACCCAUCUUUUCUAAAUUGCUUACGUUAUACUUAACUGCGGCAUCAUCCACGCCUGCUUGUUUCCGACCGUCUGACAUUAGUUCUGCGAUGCAGCGACGUUUGUAUUGCUCCUACCGCCUGCACAAAUAUUUUAGCCUUGCACGGGUAUGUAGCAUACUUAUGCUUCAGAUAUAUGCCAGGCGACUUCCCCCACAGGCAAAGAAAACGGGCCACUUAGUGUCCGUAUCAACCGGAGGUAGGUCGAUCCCAUUGUCACUCAAGAAGGAUGCUUCCAAAGAAGACGUGACGGCUGGUAACAAAAAGACACCCGUGCAAUUCGGCCGGUAUCGUAGGGCGUUUGCUGCGCUGCGUGUGUGCCUUUAUUUAUGGAAAGCCAUUCAACGCAGACGAUAUAGGCGGGUGCGGCAGCAGAAUGUGAGUGGCCACACGCCCCUUAUGGUGUCGGAUGUGGAGCCAGAAAAGGCCCUCUUUAUACUCCGCACACUUCAGAGCCUUCCGCUUAAGCCCGGUCUCUUUGUGCCGUGUACACUUUCGCCAUAUCAAAUUGAGGUUCUGGCCUUUUUCGGAACAUUCCUGAAGCGGGAAGCCGUUUCGGCAAGAUUUGAAGAAAAGCUAGGGUUACACGAAGGUGAAGAUUUGCCCUUUACCGCUUCGACCACGUCGCUGCAUAGACUCAUUAAGGAAAACACGACAGGCAGCGAUUUUUUUCCACCUCAUGUGAAAAUCUUUGAUGAGUCGCAUUUAUUGCCGGUUUUGCACGACACGGUCAAUGAAGAGGAGACCAAACAUGAUGAUGAUGACGAUGGUGAUGAAGGUGAUGAUGACAGCACAGUUGAAAAAAAAGAGCAAGGAGGAAAAUGGCAACACGGAGUACACCAGCAGAAUAAAUGGGUUGAAAGGGAAGAAAAAUUUAGGGUAAAAGGUGAGAAAUACUUUGAAAACCAACUACACAUGCCGUUAACCGCAUCGGCCCCCAGAGAGCUUCACGUAAGGCAAACGAGUUCUUGUACACCAAAUUCUUUUCUGCAUGGUGAUGGAGAUGUUCCCAAGUCACCACCGUUGGCUGCCACUCCUGUUUCCACAGAGGUGGCAUCACUGCCGGAGGACGACGACGCGCCUGCUGCCAGUGGCAGUGGCAGCAGGGUGGACCAGAUGACAGACGCUGCUACUUCUUCCGAGGAGGACAGACAUCUUUCUUCUGGACUUGAACAACUUUUCUUGCCUGUUGAAGAGACUACUUUGCGUUCUGAAAUGGGUGGGAGUAUGAGUGCGGAUGUUUCGAUGGGCUCAUUUGCACCCUUUGCCAAGUUGCAGUCUUUCAAUGCAAAGUCCCUGCAGGAGUGUGCCGUUGGGGUGUUGUGCAACACCGUUCUUGCCUCAUUGCUCAACUUGCCUGUCACCGAAGGGUGGGUUGGGGGACAGACAUACGGCUCCUGUGGGGCGCUGCUCUUUCAGCUGAUUCUUAUCACCGGCGCCAUGUGCAGUACCGAAGAGGUGACAUUGACACUGACACAAUUUUUUAUUGACCAGUUGCUGGUGUGUGUGGAUUUGUCUGAGCGUUUCGUGGAGCCCAACACUUCUGUUGUCUCUUCGCCAAAGGGAACUGGAUUUGAAAACAGCGCACGAAGUUUUACUUCUCUGCCGGGCUCUGUAUCGGAUGUUUUUAUCUUUAAUAUUUGUCGGCUCAAUGAUCUGUUGGUGCAGUUUAUUUCGUUUGAUGUGAUGAGGCUCUCAAGCCUCUCCCCGUACUUUGUGUGGCUGCUUGGAUGGGCCUCCUCUUCGUGGCCACAGCGUUCACAGCAACAACUGCGCUCACAAAUCGUGAAGAGUUGCAUUGCCGUGCUGAACAAACCAUCACCCAAUGGGGUUACACAUGAACAGAUGGAGAUUGUGUACAUGCUACUGCAGCGCGUUCUCUGUCGGCAGUGGAUCAUGAAGGACAUGCUUGAGUGUUUACUGCGUGUUCUCUUUCGUGUCUACGCGUCGUUACCGCCAACCUCGAUAAAUGAAGCGGAGGAAGCGAGGCGGAAAGAACUUGUCAUCUUAACGCUACGCCUUCUGAUGCGCACAUAUGAAGGGUGUAAGGAGCUACACAAGGCACUCUCUGCAAGUGCGUUAAGGCAACGCAUUUCACUUUACAAGGAAUUUGCGGCAACACUCCUUAUAGAGGAUGAGGCCAUUUCUGUGGUAGCCUUUGAAACAUACUGCAAAGAAAAUAUGACGACAAUACACAGUUUUAUUUCCGGUCGACCCAAGACAAAGACGGAUAUGGCCUACAAGUCCAUGUUGAAGGAACGUUGUGAAUAUGUGAAGCGCAUUAAUACAUUUAAAGAAGCAUACAGCAAAACAAUAAAUAUUAGAGAUAAGUAUCGACCACCGGAACUGGUUCAGGCAUACACCGCCCGCUUCUCCUCAUGUGUCGAUCCCAUCUCACCCUUGAAAGUAUCCCAAUUGCAUUGGUUGGUAAAACAACAAUGUUCUCUGCAGCAAAAUGACCCCCGUGUGCGUGUAUUAAAUUAUUUAGAUUUGCGUGGGAACUACACAACGGUGAUAUCGAAUCACGUUUCAAAAGAUGCUGCGUCCACUGUAUUGGGCACAGACAACUGUGAGCAACAGCACAACCACAUCUCUACUUUGGUGCAGCCUUUUGCGAUUUGUUGCCGACCGUAUAUUCUUCAUACAGGUACUCCUUUUGUGGAUAUUAGUUGCUGUGUGACCCCUUCCGCACUCUCUUUGCUCCGAUACCUCCUUGAGCCAAAUGAGGUUCUACGCUUCAUUAGCAACGGUUUCCGCAUUCAUGGAAUUCAUGCAACACCGUGUCUGAUUCUUCUCACAGACUCCUCGUUGAAAUUGAUUGGGUUUUCCCGCAUUACGGUGGAGGGGGACAUUAUUCUCUGCCAGCGCGAAAACGACGAGAGGGAAGAGCCUGUUCUUCCCGUCCACAUCAGCACGACAAAAAGCUCGAAAAACAAGUGGGGCUCUCAGCUCACGGCCUCAAGUUUCGCAGCCUCUAUGACAAACAAGCUGCAGCGUUUCCUUACAGAUGGCGGCGGAAAGAAGCGACGACGAAUUGAGACAGAGAAACUUCAUGAUGGAACCAAAAUUGCACACUCGGUUCGACAGGCAUCUGGAGACUCCUACAGGGAUCUAUUUUGGGUGUAUUUCCUGCAGAACAUUCGGAGUGUACGCAUGGCAUAUUACAUGCACCAGGAUACCGCCAUUCUCUUUGAGCUCAUGUAUGACGAUGGUCCCAUGUUGUCUCUAGUUGAUACACAUCAAUCUAUGAACACGUCUGCACGAGACAAGUUUCUUGCUGUGUUGAAGGACGUCCUUGGUACGCAACGCUGUGAAUUUUUUGACCACUCACAACGAACCGCUAGUAUUCGUUCGAUGCUUAUCCGUUGGGCAGCAGGUUCAGUCUCUACAUAUGACUAUAUCACUUUUCUUAAUUCUGUGGCGGGCCGUACAAGGAGAGACUUUAACCAAUACCCCAUCUAUCCAUGGGUGCUUGCCGAUUACAAGUCAAGUGAACUUGACAUGGACUCCCCCAAAACAUAUCGUGAUCUCUCGCUUCCUAUGGGGGCACAAACGGAGGAACGACGUCAGAAAGUGAUGCAAGUCUACCAGCAAAUGGUGGAGGUGCAAAAAGCCGAUCCGGACUUUGAAGGCGUUCAGCCAUUCCAUCAUGGCACGCACUACUCUACGAGUGGAGGGGUAUUACAUUUUCUCAUUCGUGUGGAGCCAUUUACAACUUUUGCACGCAUCUUUCAAGGCGGUGAGUUUGACGUAGCCACGCGUUUAUUUGAUUCCAUUGAUGCCUCCUUUCAAUCGUGUGUGCAUGGCCCCACAGACUGUAAAGAGUUAAUGCCAGAAUUCUUCUUUGAUGGCAUGUUUCUUGUAAAUGCAAAUCAUUGCGAGUUUGGCGAAAAGUCCGACGGUACGGUUGUGAAUGACGUGAGACUUCCUCCUUGGGCCAAGGGCUCGACGCAGGUGUUUAUAUCCGUCAUGCGAUACGCACUGGAGAGCAAUUUUGUUUUGCAGAACAUUCAUCGUUGGAUUGAUCUGAUCUUUGGUGUACGUCGAUGUGGAAAACUUGCUGUUGAGAGCUACAAUGUGUUUCAGCGCAUGACGUACGGUGAGGAGGUUCUUCAGGCUUUAAAAAAGUGUGAUAAUCCACAUGACAUUGAUGUCAUCAUUGCGGAGGUGGACAACUUUGGGCAGACCCCAAUUCAGUUGUUUCAAGAGCGCCACCCUGCACAACGGGAACUGAAACCAUGUCAUCCUAUGCUUUCCACCGGUGGCACGGGCGGUGCACAUUCUACGACUGGCGGUAAUGUGCUGUGCAGCGGCAACACAUAUACGACGGCAUUUCAGGAACAAUUGCCAAAGGUGCUUUCUAUGGUCAUGCAUGCUCUAGACUCACCACAGACAUGGUACACAUUAGAGGAUCCAGCGCCGGGGAGUUUCCAAGCCAUGCCUAAGAGCGUCUCAGAUGCCUUCCAAAUUCAUGAGAGUCCCGUACUUGAUUUUGUCACGACACGAAGUGGAAUGAAUAUGUGUUGUUACAAGUAUUCUUUACCGGUUGAUGACACGGACCACAUAAUUUGUUGGAACCACAGUGAACAUAUGUUGAUGCGGUUUGAUAACACGCGAGGACAUUUUUUGUCAUCUGUACGUUGCAAGUCGGUUCUUCGAAUUCCCGCGAGUGUUAGCGCCUUUUGUGUAAGUUGUCGUGAGACGCUGAUUUUAAUCGGGUCCAACAGUGGUACUGUGUAUUGUUUUAGUCAUAGCCGAACAGAUGGCGUGCUGGUGCUAAGCUCAACAUUGUGUAACCACACCAACCCCAUCGCUGGAUUUGCGUUGAGCAUAAAAUACGGCCGUAUUAUUAGCUUUACUACGAGUGGCAUCGAUUGUCCUACGGUGUGGUGUGUUCAGCAUUGCCACACGGUGAAGUUACAUGCACUGGAUCUCUCUCGCCUGCUUCCCUUGACAACCCCAGGCGACCUUAUCGUGGUGGCUGCAGCUAUUGAUCCCAUAAAUGCAAAUUCCAUUAUAGUCACACGUCGGCAUCUUUUGCUGUUUGAUAGGAACGGCGAGCCGUACGGAGUCGGCACUCUCCCCAACGCCGACAAGACCGCGCCACACUUGGAGGAUGAGGCGGGGCAAGUUGGUUUUGCCGUAGACGACAGCAAAAAUUUUAUUGCCAGUAUGACAGCUGUCACGACAUAUGAAACACUCGAGUGGGCUUCUGGCAUUCAGCUUCUCAUUACAGGGCAUCAAGAUGGCAGUCUGUCAUUGUGGCGUGCUGUGCGUUUGCCGCCUGAGAGAAUGGAACACGGCCGUAUUGUUCUUGUGGAGCACCAUGGGUUUCUCUUUACUGGUAGCCAAACCCCACGUCUUGGUGCCAUCACGGCCUUGCGACAGGAACGUCCCGAUGUGCCUGUGUUCUUUGUUGGUUACCACAGCGGUGCGGUGAAGGUGCUACGCUUUGAAAAUCGUACGGCGGACAUGACGAAAAUGACAACUUCUUAG